AUGGCGUCUUUUCGGUGGCUGCUGCAGCUCCACAAGGACGUUCCGAAGGCGGCCCGCUUCUACUCAGAGGGGCUGGAUUUCAGCGUCAACGUCUGCACCCUCAGGUGGGCUGAGCUCCAGAGUGGCCAAUUGAAGCUUGCCCUCAUGCAGUCGAGCAGGUCCGUCUUCCACUUUCUCGGAAUGAAAUCAGUCCGGCUUAAGGUUUCAUGCUCAGAAUGAGGAGAUCAUUUUUGUCUCUGCCGCCGGAUUUUGUCUGCUGCUGAAGAUGGAUGCGUGAGGUACGAUUUCAGAGUGGCCCCUUGAAAAUCGCCCUAAUCCGAUCGAGCGAGUCCAGCUUCCGCUUUCAUUCUCCAAGGGAUCAUUGCAGUUUCUGCUGCAGGAUUCUGUUGGCUGCUACCGACGAAUGCGUCGGGAGGCACUGCUUCCGAUCUUCCUGAUUCAUCAAUAUGCAUUUUUGCUUCUUCCAAUCCGAGGUUCAGGGCAUAACAUAUAUAAUAAUUUCAUAGUUGAGGUAGAUUCUAGCCAUUUAGACGCUGUCGAUCCAUCUCAUUGGCUUAGAUGCAGCCAGUGUCUUCAGCAAUUCUCUUUCUUGUACGAUAACCUAGGUUCUCCGAUAAGCAAGAGUUCUUGUACAAGCUUCGAUCCGGUCCCUCCUCCUCGUUAAUUUGCUAUGAGAGUUUAAGAAUGGCAUUUCUGGGUUUGGUCCACUUCCACUUUCAGUCUUCUUUUAUUCUAUGUGAUUUGACGAAUCCAAUGACGAGUCUGCUACUGCUUGUAAUCUUCUACCAGUAAACAGCUCGUCUUUAGUGAUCUCAGUAUCUCCUCUAUAUUUCAUGAUCAUUUGGAAUAAGAUCUUCUGUUCUCGUCAAACUGUGAGCUAAAGAUAUGAAUUAUGAGUUACUCAUAUCAAGGCUGGAAUCUGCCGCAGGAAGGGAGUACUGAUCAACGAUAAACUAAUUGAAGUGACCUUCUAAUUAUUAGUCUAUGAUAAUUUAUUUAUCUCCCCAAUCAUUUCUGGGUAAUGCCCUGAUCAUAAUUCCGUUUUUUUUUUCCUUUUUUCCUUCGCAGGGAUCUUCCCAUGCAGAACGGAUAUUCAUCCAUGCUGUCCUUCACAGUGGCAGACGUCAAUAGUACGGUGACCAAGUUGAUGGCUCUCGGAGCAGAGCUGGAUGGCCCCAUUAAACAUGAAAUCCACGGCAAAGUAUGGUUUUCUUCGAAGAUUUAGGAGUAAUUCCAACCUGGGUAUUAGUAAACUUAUUCAAUUUUUCCGUCAAUAAUCUGUGUAGAUUGCUUCAAUGCGGUGCAUCGAUGGGCAUGUGCUGGGCCUCUAUGAACCUGCGUGA